UCGAACAACUCACAGGAAGAAGAAGAAGAAGAAGGUCGCGUGUUUGUUUGUGUGAGGUGCAGUUAUGAGACUGAAUUUGGUAUAAAGUGAAGUUUUGUUUAUUAAGGGUAUUCAUAUUUCAGUUUAGUUUGUGUAAUGGCUUCUGGAGGAACAGCGCAGGUGGGUGAUGUAGAGGAAGACGCGUCUCAACUCAUGUUUCCUAAAGAGUUUGAGAAUGCCGAGACGUUGCUAAACUCAGAAGUUCACAUGUUACUGGAGCAUCGAAAGCAGCAGAAUGAAAGUGCAGAGGACGAGCAGGAGCUGUCUGAGGUUUUCAUGAAGACCCUGAACUAUACCGCCAGAUUCAGCCGCUUCAAAAACAGGGAGACCAUCGCUAGUGUGCGCAGCUUACUGUUGCAGAAGAAACUUCACAAGUUUGAGUUGGCAAGUUUGGCCAAUCUGUGUCCAGAGGCUGCCGAGGAGGCCAAAGCCCUCAUUCCUAGUUUGGAAGGUCGGUUUGAGGAUGAGGAGUUGCAACAAAUCCUGGAUGACAUUCAGACCAAACGCAGCUUCCAGUACUAAGACACCAUGACAUGUCUUUAAAUGCUUUUCAUAGCCUGCAGUUCUCUUUCUUGUAUAUGCCAUAAUGGCAGUAUUGUUUAACUCUUCUGUAAUUGUUUGUUUUGUUUAUAAAGCUUGUUUUUUUAUGAUAAA